GUCUGCAUUUGGGUGUGUGAUUAUUCUAACACAUCCGUUACAAAACGGGCACAUUGCGGUCAGGAGAACUUUGGAAAUACUCUUAAGCAACACUGGACAAGACAACAGGACAACAGUGAAUGCAUAAUGAAAUUUCAAGGAUGACUGGCACCACAAGUAGUAGCGUCUAAAUUGGCUUGACUCCAGGAGGAUGCUCCCUGGUUUAAGGUUAGCUGUCUUCCUCCUCUUGGCCACAUCAAGUGCACAUAAUACUGAUCAACUGUGCCUAUGUUCGGCCGUCCCUUUUGCUGGUCUGCAAGCAAACUGCAGCUCUUUAAACCUCAUGGAGCUGCCUCCUCUGCCCUCAGACAUCACAGAGCUCCAUGUGCAGGAUAAUCGGCUCACAUCAGUGUCUUCAGGCCUGUUUGACAGAAUGGUUGGUCUGAAAAAGGUCUCACUAUCUGGGAACCCUUUCCACUGUGACUGCAGGAUCCAAUACCUGAGGAACUGGUUGCUUAAAAACAGAGCUAUUGUUUUAAAGGAGCCCGCCUGCGCCAGUCCAAGCUCUGUGGCUCAGAAAGCCAUCACUGAACUCAGCAAUGACUACUUUUCCUCCUGUGCCCUGCCAAGCGGUACGGACGGGACUUACGACACUGUGAUAGGAGUGAUGCUGUGCUGCAUCCUUUUUCUGCUUCUGUGGAGUGUAAGACUAGCCAAGACGUCCACCUUUACUCUGUACAUAGUUGAGAGACAUACAGGAUUCAAGGCUGACUCUUUGCGCUCACCGAAGCGCAAACACAGAAGGAGGCUGCACACUGGGUGUUGGAAAAAUGACUGAGACCUAAUUGGAAAUGUCUAGAUAUUCGUCAGUCUAUGCAUUAUACUUUUCUUACAACUCAUCUGUCAGACCUACGGGGCUCUUAAAUCGUGCUCUUACAAAAAGACUGAGCUAUCUCGUCUUUUCCGAUAAGUUGUGGAUAAUUUCUGGUUGAAAGAAAAACAAAAACGCACAAACAGUUUGCAAAAGAUUUGUAACUGUUCCUUAUAUUUUCUUAAGUUAAGGUAUUUACAGUGAU